AUGAUCACAUACAUCUGCAGCGUCACCAAACCUCAAGAAGAAAUGCCCGCUCACCCGCAGAGUUCGCCUGUCAAGUAUAAACUAGCCAUGCCGUACAUUGAACCAAUCACCUGGAUGACCUGGAAAGAGACCUACGAGGCCGAGUGUAAGCUUUUCAAACAAGAGCUGACCUUCUUGACGCGCAUCUUGAGAUAUGACCCCAAACAGCUAGGAGUUGAUCGCAUCGAAGGCGUUUGCAGACGACUGGCGGCACCCUCCUUCCAGGUAGGUCGGGUUUUGGAAGCUACGAUGGCUAUGAUUGAAGAGGACCAGGACUGCGAAUAUGUUCGACGGGCAUCGUCUGGAUGGUUCGUUGGCGCUGUUGAGGAUUCGGAGAUCGAGAUUUACUGCUCUAUUCUUGAGUACCGAAUGGGUCAGAUUGCAGAGAAACUUCGACGGGAUUAUUCUUUCGACUUAAUUAUAGCUGCGGAGUUGGAGGUGAUGAUUGUGGAAUUUGAGGAGGACUUUGGUGUUUAA